AUGCACCUCAUGGAUUUCGCUAUGCAUGUUCGAGGGUGGAACAAUGUACGACGCAAUGGGAAUUUCGACGAGGAGUCCCAUCGAGUCCAAACACAUAGCAUCCAAAGGGUCCAUUCCAGUGCCGCGGGAUGUAUAGUCCGAAGAAAUACGCGCUCAUUACGCGGGAUCUACAAAACAAGAGGAAGGGCUAAUGAAGGAAUCGAAGAAGAGGAUCCUGGAGAGUGGUUGAACCUGACACUCGGUGGGAACUUAUUACCAGCACGAGACUCGGAGUCUGAGUUGGACCCGCUGUUAAGACCAGUUCCUUCCAAGGUUUUCUCAUGCAACUUCUGCAAGAGGAAGUUUUACAGUUCACAAGCCUUGGGUGGCCACCAAAACGCCCACAAGAGGGAGCGAGGUGCAGCCAGAAGAUAUCAAUCCCAUAGGACGAUGAUGAGUUUGCCGAUGAACAGUCAUGUGGUUCGAUCACUUGGCGUUCGACAGCAUUCGCUUGUGCACAAAUCAACCAUAGAUAGAGCUGCUGCUGCUGCGAGAUUUAAUGAUACCUACACGGUGCAGUUGGCAGUUGAUGAUGGGAUGGAUUUUAUGUGGCCGGGCAGUUUCCGUUUGGAUCCUCCACCAUCUGAACAGCCUGCAGAACCAUCCAAGCUUGACUUGAAUCUUCGACUCUGAUUUAUCUAUCUACUAUCUUGUCCAAGUUUAGAAAUCUCUU